CAGCUGAAGAACGAAUUAAAAACUUUACAAUCCGAACAAAUAGGCCCUUAAAACUACAUAUAUUGAAUUGGGAAAUUGAAAUAUGGAAAUUCCGGAUACUUACUACAGUAAAGACGAAUAUGUAGAAACGGCCUCUGGAAAUAAGGUGAGCCGCCACACAGUUCUUUGUGGUUCGCAGAAUAUUGUCCUGAAUGGCAAGGUCAUUGUGCAGAGCGGCGCCAUCAUACGCGGGGACUUGGCGAACGUUCGCACCGGUCGGUAUUGUGUGAUCAGCAAGAACUCUGUAAUACGUCCACCAUAUAAGCAGUUUAGCAAAGGAAUCGCCUUCUUUCCCAUGCACAUUGGUGAUCAUGUGUAUAUUGGGGAGGGGGCGGUUGUGUCUGCCGCAGUGAUUGGAUCGUUUGUGUACAUUGGAAAAAACGCCAUAAUUGGUCGUCGCUGCACGCUGAAGGACUGCUGUGUAAUCGAAGACGGUGCUGUGUUGCCGCCAGAGACCACAGUGUCCAGCUAUAUGCGCUACACAGCCAAGGGCACCAUUGAAGGCGGUCAGGGCAAUCCAUGCUUUGUGCCCGCUGCAAUGCAAGACGAAAUGGUGAACUAUACAAAGUCCUUUUAUGAGCAUUUUAUACGCACGCCUGCGCCGGCCAGCUGAGAUUGAUAUAGGAAGUAAAAUAUAUAGAAUUCAUUAACUUCUAAGGCUCUAGAGAGCUUUAAUUCGACUUUGUCUAAUACUUUUCCAUGCACUAAUAUUUAAAAAAAACAUUCUUUAGGAGAAACGAGUAUGCAUAAUAAACUUAUCUAAUAUUUAUUUA